AUGAAGACCACGGCUUCGAUCUUCAACGCAUCGGUGAAUGUUCAAAACCACAGCUCUCUGCAUAGCUGCAGCAUCGACGAGUCCUACAAGUAUGUCAUCUUACCGUUGUGCUACUCUUUAACCUUCUUGCUCAGCCUUGUCCUGAACUCCACCGUCCUUCUCCGCUCCUACCGAUGCAAGAGUAGCCGACAGUGGAACACUUCGCUCAUCUACAUGGUCAAUCUAGCCUCUACGGAUUUAAUGUACAGCUUCUCGCUGCCGUUCCUCGUGGCUAGCUACUUAAUGCGUGACCAUUGGGUUUUCGGGGACUUCAUGUGCAGGCUAGUGCGUUUCUUGUUUUACUUCAACCUGUACUGCAGCAUCUUCUUCCUCACUUGCAUAUCCGUCCAUCGCUACAUGGGCAUCUGCCAUCCAAUCAGAACCAUCGCUCUGGAAAGCAAGCGGGCGGUUAGAGCCAUCUGCGCAACCGUUUGGGUCAUCGUGUUCAUCCUUACCUGCCCCAUUGUCCGGUUUGCCAAAACAGGGGAGGUUUUGAGGAAAACAGGAGGCGGGAUGAAUGAAGGAGUUGAUUCUUGGUUGGAAGGAAGCGGCGAUGGUGGGAAAGUUGAGACGUAUAAGAAUUGCUGGGAUGAUGCAAUAGACAGUGAGUUUUCCGAAUACGUGCCUUAUGGAAUUAUCCUACACAUUUUGGGUUUCUUUUUCCCAUUCAUCGUCAUUGCGUGGUGUUACUCGCAAGUUGUGCGGACCAUCUUCGAGACGAUUCAUUCCCAGCCACAGGUUCAGGAGGAAGGAGGAAUGUGUGGAGCGGUGGAAGGAGCGAAGAAUAGGACGUCUGUGUCCAUUUCUGGUUCCCAACAUGCGCCGUACUUUAACAUGCGACGCAAGUCGAUCAAAACCAUCAUCACCAUCACUUUGCUCUUCGCGCUUUGCUUCCUGCCCUUCCACAUCACACGCACUCUCUUCCUGGUCCUCAAGGAAACAAAGGCCGUCAAGUGCCAAACCAUGCGGAUGGUUUCCAUUUUUUACAAGAUCACUCGGCCGCUGGCUUCCUGCAACUCGUGGCUCAAUGCACUCCUUUAUUUCUUAACAGGAGACAAUAGCUUAGCCUGCUGCAGACGGGCCAGCGGCGGUCACAACACCCACCUUCUGUGGCCUUUGCAGAUUCUCAAAAAACAGAAAGAGGUUGAGGAUCAAGAGCAAGGCAACUCACAUAAAGCAGAUGAAGGUCAGGACAGUGACUCCAAAUCUUCAGGAAUAACAUAG